AUGGCUGAAUUUUCAGCAUUGAUGGAGCAAAUGAAGCAAAUGCAGCUCCAAAGCACAAGCGAGGAAGAACAUCGCCACAUCCAAGCUCAGAUCCAAGCUCUCAUUGAGCUUGAGCAGCAGAGGCUCGCUGCGGAAGCCGAGGAGCGCAAGCUUGAGCAGCAGAGGCUGGCCGAGGAGCGCAAGCUUGAGCAGCAGAGGCUGGCCGCGGAAGCCGAGGAGCGCAAGCUCGAGCAGCAGAGGCUGGCCGCCGAGGAGCGCAAGGAAGCACAGCUCAAACGGAAAACAGGUCGCGGCAAGAUUAAAGUCUUGAAGGGCAUGUUUGCCAACCUUGGGCUGCAACACGAAAAGGCUUUAUGGAACAAGUUGAUGGCAAUGGAUGAUGCUGAUUUUGAAGCAUUUGUCGACGAAGUCGACAACAUGCCCUCUGCCGAGAGGAUGAACGAAGUGUACCCCCUGGAAGGUGUGUUUGUCGUGACCUGGCCCCACAUUACGUCUGCACUUGGUCAUUACUGUACCCGCGCGCGCCUACUACAAUCGGUAAGCACCUGUCGGGCAAGACUCACGCGCAGGAUCGUCUUUUGGUUGACAUGCGUGUGCAGGCUUUACAUGGACACUGCUACCACCGUCCGACUCACGUGGCCGGAUGCCUUCAAAGGCGCCCUCACAAACCUUGUCUCUGACCACUGCAAAUGA